AUGGCGACGAUGCCACGUGGCAACGCAACCUCCCUAUUCCCGCGCUCGCCCCAGGGAGGCCGCUUUUAUACUCAGUCCCUUUGCCGUUCAGCGCAGGCGCGCGGGAGCCCGAGCGGCCUGCAGGUUCCAGACUUCCGGUUCCGAGGGGACUCAGAGGCCAGACUGAGACUAAUGGCGGCGUCCACGGAGCAGGCCACGGGGGGCGUUGAGAAGACCGCGGCGGAAGAGAAACCGCGCGUUCUGGAACCCGGGGCAGCCCCGUUCGGAAAUUUCCCUCAUUAUUCCCGCUUCCACCCUCCAGAGCAACGGCUCCGCCUCCUACCCCCGGAGCUGCUUCGCCGGCUCUUUCCUCAGAGUCCCGACACAAGGCCGAUCCUGGGGCUCGACGUGGGGUGUAACUCCGGGGAUCUGAGUGUGGCUCUAUACAAACAUUUCCUUUCCCUACAUGAUGGGGAGACCUGCUUAGAUGCCUCAAGAGAACUCCAUCUCCUCUGCUGCGACAUAGAUCCAGUCCUGGUGGAACGAGCUGAAAAAGAAUGCCCUUUUCCUGAUGGUUUGACUUUUAUUACCCUGGACUUCAUGAAUCAAAGGACCCGGAAAGUUCUCCUGAGCUCUUUCUUGAGCCAGUUUGGACGCUCAGUUUUUGAUAUUGGCUUCUGCAUGUCAGUAACCAUGUGGAUUCACCUGAACCAUGGGGACCAAGGCCUGUGGGAGUUCCUGGCCCACCUUUCUUCCCUAUGCCGCUACCUCCUUGUGGAGCCACAGCCCUGGAAGUGUUACCGGGCAGCUGCAAGGCGUCUCCGGAAGCUGGGCCUCCAUGAUUUUGACCACUUCCGCUCCCUGGCCAUCCGAGGUGAUAUGGCCAGUCAGAUUGUGCAGAUCUUGACCCAGGACCAUGGCAUGGAAUUAGUAUGCUGCUUUGGCAACACCAACUGGGACCGAAGCCUUCUGCUCUUCAGGACAAAACAAGCCACAGAGACUCAUGCGAUCCCCGAGUCACUGAUAGAAGAAGGAAAAGAAAGGAACAGAAUAAGAUUCUGGAGAGAGUGAGAUGGGAGGGCAGUAAGACCAGGAUAGAGAUAUUGAAAGAGUUUUAUAUAAAAAUUAAGUUCAUUCUCCUUAACUCCUGGUAGUGAGGCAGCCUCCAAACCUGGCAGAAGUUUUGUAAGUGUCCAGGACAUGGAACUAAACAAAUCAUUAUCUUUUCCCCAUUUGGGGCGAUGAUCCCUGAGGAGACUAUAUCUGAGGGGCAAUGACUUGGGCUGUCUGGCAGGAGGUGACCUGGAGAAAGUGCUUCUGGGAUAUGGAAGGGGCUACUUUUGGUGAUUAUUUAGGAAAACUUAGACAAGGUUAGCCUUAGAAUGUGUCUGUUCCCUGGGCUACUUGAAUCUGAUCUGCCUUCUUCAGGCUUUCUUCUAGACUUAUCCUGUUCUAUGAGGCAAAACCUCACAAUACAGCCUGGAAUAAAAAGUCACUGGCCUGUCUAAAGGAGAGCUUUGAUAGGAAAAAUAACUUUCCAGAGCAGAUCAAGUUUCCAGCACGCCCAGGCUGAGCACGGCAGUCACAGAUACAGUAUUAGCCAAGAUACAUUGACUAGCAUUUACAAAGUGUUUAAAAGAUUUAAGUCAUGAACUCAAAAUUCAACUGGUACAAAUGA